AUGUCAUUCUUCGGAUUUUCGAGGUCUCGGGUAGCAACCUUCAGCAAGUUUACGGCCUCAGUGGCUUUAACCGGCGCAGGAGGGUGGCAGUUAUGGACAAGGCACUGCUAUUUUGAGCCAUUCGGGCCUGAAAACGACCCUAUUUUCCAAAGCGACCACUACAAGCGGCUUAACCCGGAAAACCACCCGUCACUGAAAGACUCGUGCGUGCGAAAGGUGCCACUGUCCCAAAUCCCACCGGAAUUGGUCGAGGAUACGCUCAAGGGAGGUUCUAAGCUUGUCGAAAGAUUCUGUGCUGGCGUAUGGGGUGGUUAUGGGACUAAUGUAACUGACCACUUCGUCGUCAUUGGGAAGAACCCUAAAUCGAUCGUUCUAUGGGGAGCAAAUGCGCCAUCGGAUAAUCCAGGAGUUCGACGGGACAUGGAGAACAUCGCUGAAGUUACCACCAAUAUCGAUGUCGGCCAAGGCGUGGCCGAGUUUAGGCUGAAGAAUAUAUUCUACAAUGGAGUGGAGCGGACAUGUAAAGACUUGUUUCCGCGACCGAUCGUGUGGCUGCAUUUUCAAUACUGCAAACUGUUAGUUGAGGGAGGAGUGAGCUAUUGCAAGGCGUAG